UUUACAGAUACAAAAUAAAAAGAUAAUGGAUAAAACCAGAGCUGGCAGUGCAACGACUUUGGAAAAAUGGGGAUUUCCAUUGCUAGAGCUCUAUCGGCUCGCCUUCACCUUCUACAAACAAAACUCUGGCAAGGCCAUACAUCUGUCUUACGAGGACAAUCUCAAGUUGAUCGCCUUCAAACAACAGGCCGCCUUGGGACCUUUCAAUACAAAUCGUGCGCCGGCUCUUGGUGUGCUCGACGUGAUCGGACGUGACAGACAGCAGCACUGGCAACUGUUGGGUGAUAUCACGAGAGAGCAGGCUAUGGAGGGUUUCAUAGAUCUUUUGGACACAAUGUGCAGUGCCUUUCGUCCCUACAUCGAGGCGGUGCGUCAGAAUCGCGAUGCCAAUCUAAAGGCCGAUCUGCGUCGCAUGGAACUGGAGAAGGAGGCGCGCGAGAAGCGCGAACGCGAGCAGCAGGAGCUGCUAGAGGAGGGCUACAAGGAGGAAUUGCAGCGACGCCAACUACAGGACGCACUCAACAAGCAAACGUAUCAGCAAUUUAAGCUGUACGCGGAGAAGCAAUUUCCUGGCAAUCCUGAGCAGCAGGCUGUGCUCAUACAUCAGUUGCAACGGGAGCAUUAUCAUCAGUACAUGCAACAGCUACAUCUGCAGAGCCAAAACAACAACAAUAAUAAUAACAAUAACAUCAACAACCGCAGCGACGGCAGCAGCAGCACCGUCAACAACAGUCCUGGCCAUUCAGAUCUCGUCCAGGCCAUGGAUACGCUGCAGCUGAGCACGCUCGAGUCCCAGCAGCAAGAGCAGCCCGAACAGCUGCAGGAGCAGCUCGAGGGCGAGGGUAACGAGGAAUACAGUGAAUAUGUGAUGAUACGUCCGGCCAAAAUAUGGACGCGGCCCGAUAUCGAACAGUUCAAGACUGAAGUUUCUGCCGGCGAUGGUGAUGGCGUCAUUACCAUUGGACACGGCGAUACGGUUACAGUGCGCGUGCCUACAAAUAUGAAUGGCAAAUGCAUUUUUUGGGAAUUUGCCACCGACAAUUACGAUAUUGGUUUCGGAAUAUAUUUUGAGUGGGCAAAGCCAGUUACCAGCGAGGUGACGGUGCACGUUAGCGAUAGCGAUGAGGACGACGAGUGUCUGGAUGAGGAUUAUCUAUCGACCACCGAGGAUUUGGAGUCGGGUUCCAUGUCGCAGGACCGCAAUACGCUGGACGCCCAAGCUGCGGCGAUGGCUGCCAAGCCACCCAUUUCCAUUAUUGUGCCAAUAUAUCGGCGCGAGUGCUACAACGAGGUCUAUGUGGGCUCGCAUUCGUAUCCCGGCGAAGGAGUUUACUUGCUGAAAUUUGACAAUAGCUACAGCAUUUGGCGUUCCAAAACGCUUUAUUAUCGCGUCUACUACGAACGAUAGGGCCAAAGGAAAGCAAAACGAAAGGAGUCUAGUAUUAGUCUACACUUACCAAGUGCAUAUA